CCCAAAAACACGCUUCUCCGUAAUAUGCCAGAGAAGGAUAAGCUCCAAGAGACUCCUGCGACUGCGGCACGCGCGUAUUGCGUACGAAAUGAAGAUACAGUAAGGAAAGCGUGGCAGAGAGAGAGGAAGAAGAUGGGGAUAGUAAGAGUGCAAAAAGGGGGGCAGAAUAAGAUCCUCCGUCCUGAUUAAUAUCACAUGCGAUUAAUAGCGGGAA